CUGCAAAAUGUCGCUGGUGUAGAGCUGGCUUUGACACUGUAUACGCGGCUUGCCAACCUGGGUGCUCCUCGUUUCGCGAACCGCAGGUUGCAACUGCCUUGCAUCACAUUUCCUAUUGCAGAAGUCAGACGGAGGCGUGGUCAAGACCAGGUGACAUGUUUCACUUAUGAAGUCAAGUCACCCGGGCUUCAAGACAUGUUAAUUACCACAGACGAUAAGCUAAAUCAGUUCUCGCGGGCACGGUCUAUUCGGCAGCCAUUCUUGCUUGUCCGCCCGUGGAAUCGUUAUGACCUCGAGCUGCCUGACCUUGCGGACGAGACGCAGAGCGUGGAGGAUUGGUCACCCGAGUCCCCAUCAGACGAAUCACUCAGCGGGUAUCCUGGAGAUGACGAGCUGGUUGAUUCAGAAUUUCACGCGCGAGCGUUGAGAUUGAUCGCCCGUCUUCGACAGCCUUUUGGCGCUCUUUUGCUAGCGCAGCAGCGUGGUGGGGAGUAUAAGAGGAUUGCUUCAGAUAACCAUAUCAUCGCGCAAGUCAUGGAAACGGCUUCUAUUCAGGACAUGAUGGACAUUAGGAUGCUAGAGAUAUCGUAGUUGCAUACAUCUCGAAGCACAGAGAUCUCUGAAGCGUUUUUAUCCAUACCUUAAUAAUCCCCAGUGCAUGGAACAAUUCCUCUGGAAAUUUUGUAUCUUAUGUAUCGUAUGCUGACUUACAACAGCAUUGAAGCAAAGCGAGAUCAGGGCGGUAUUUAUCCAUACCGCGACAUCCAGUUGCUGUGCGUCCUCAUCAUUUAUAACCACCACUUCUUCCAUCCGCGAUAGCAGCACUAGCACCGAAGUGUUAACUUUACGUAUACGAUCUAGUACUUAUACUCGUUGCGACACUCAAUCCAACGUCUGACUUGUAUAUGCACUUGACAUGCACCGCUGUCUUCGCCUGACAGAGAUCCUGGAAGUGAUCUUCUAUUUUGUGUUCAAUUCUCAAAAGUCCCUUGACUCAAGUUCA